AUGCGACUCAUCGAUGUCAGAACACUCGAGCUCAGAUGGUUCAACGAUGACUCUAUCCCAAAAUACGCCAUCCUUUCUCAUACCUGGGGCGGAGAUGAAGUCAACUACCAGGAAUACGUCUGGAUUAGCAGAGCUCGAGCGUUGUCCGCUUCUACCAACUUAGCAUCGGCAUCAACAGGCAGUCAAGAUGCGCGAACUACACUGAUGUUGGCGUUGGAGAUGAUGAUUCGAGGCAGUUCCGAGAUGCCUUUGGGAGGUUUAUCGGAGAAAGACCUCAUGACGCGCGUCGGCUACAGCAAGAUUGUGAACGCAGCUGAGCAGGCACAAGGCCAAGGCUGUCACUAUCUUUGGGUAGACACAUGCUGUAUUGACAAGACAUCAAGUGCGGAGCUACAAGAAGCCAUCAAUUCCAUGUAUCGUUGGUACCGGGAUGCGGAGGUCUGCAUCGUCUAUCUAGGCGACAUCCCCAAACCGCGUCCAAACGGCUACACAACCGCUUCCGAAAUCGCAAGAGAUUCACUAAAGUCUUCUCGGUGGACGCGUCGCGGUUGGACUCUACAAGAACUGAUUGCACCGGUUCUAUGUCGCUUCUACUUCCAGGACUGGACCUUGAUGGGCGAGAAGGUGGAGUUUCUGGAGGAGCUAUCUGACGCCACGGGUAUCCCAGUUCGUGUACUCGACGACAGAAGUACUAUUAGUGAGUUCUCCGUUGCGGAGAGGAUGUCUUGGGCAGCACAUCGGCAAAGUACUCGUGUCGAAGAUGUUGCCUACUGCUUGCUGGGCCUCUUCGACAUUCACAUGCCCUUACUUUAUGGAGAAGGUGCGAAGGCUUUUAUCCGUCUACAAGAGGAGAUCCUAAGGACUACUGACGACUACUCCCUAUUCUCCUGGUGCGCAACUUCAUCGGAGCGAUCAACGUAUCGGGGUUUGCUUGCGCGCCAGCCUGAAGAGUUUCAAUAUUGCAGUUCUAUCGAGCGCGAGAAUGUCAUUUCCACGUUCCCCAUAGGCCUUACCCCUAUCGGUCUACGUGUGCAGCUCGAAUUCUUACCUGACCCCAAAGACAAAAGCCGGGUCUUGGCCAUGAUACGGUCGAGCAACCAGCUCAACCAGCGCUUGGCCAUCACAUUGAAGUGUCUGGAUGGUGGGACGCAAUACGCGCGUGUUGAUGCUGGCUCUUUGGCUUUCAUCGACGAUUGGCCUACUGGGAAGCUCCAUACCAUUUACGUACGGCAGAAGCUGUUCAUACCACCUGAAUUCACGACUACCGAGUUCAAAAGCUUCCACAUCCGACGUCGCGUUUCUAGCCACACUACGCCAACAGUUCGCAUAAUCAGUGUCACGCCUCGUAAUUCCUGGAACGAAACCACCCACGAGCUACGGAUACCAGACAAUGUCACAGAAUUCUGGGGGGCUGUUCUGCUUCGGGUCCAAUCAGCAGCAUAUGCGCAUUCUCUAAGCUUUCCCGUCGCGUUCGGUUUCAACAGGUCCACGUGUCACUACUGGUGUAAAGCCAUUUCGGACUUUGACCCUUCGCAAGACGGUCAGGCCAGUGGGACCUGGCCGCAAGCGGUGAAAAGGAGGAUACCAGACGAGGUGUACGAUCCAUUGCGAGGAAAUGACGCGCGAAAUGAUAUGUUCUUGGUGCGUGAUAGCGGGCUGGCUAUCAACGUUGGUAUCAAGGCGGGGUUGUGUGGGGACAGCAUUGCAUUGCAGGUACACAUCGAUGGACUUGUUAGAUGGGCAUGA